AUGCCGCCUAAGAAGAAGGGAAACAAGAAGGGCGGCAAUGAUGAUUGGGAGGCCGAGCUCGGCGAGACCAUAGCUCCCGUUUCUGCUCCUGCCGAUCGUGCCGAUGCCGGUGCUGAGAACCCCGAUGAAGACGACGCUCCCGCCGGCGGCCUUAUGGCCACACUGCGUAAAAACAGAGAGAAGCGCAAGAAGAAGGGCAUUCAGGAUGAACUGGAAGGGGAGGAUCCUCCCGGCGCCGAGCCUAAAGCUGCAGAGGAGGCCACUAUGGAAGACGAGUGGGUUCUCCCCGAGCGGAAAGGCAAGGGAGGCAGAGGCAAAGCCGAGUCCCCCGCCGCCGAGGACACAGCCCAGCCUCAAAACGGCGAGGCCGAGGCUCCUCGUGUCUUGACCAAGGCUGAAAAGGAGAAGCUGAAGAAGGAGAAGGAAAAGCAGCGCAAGAAGGAAAUGGCUGCUAAAAAGAAAGCCGCGGGAGGGGCUGCUAAACCCGCCGAACCGGCAAAGGCUGCCGAGAAGAAACCCGCCUCUGCUCCGGCCGCGGCCCCCGCUGCCGAAACGCCGACAACUACGGGCGGUCCCAGAAGCAAGAAGAUGCUCGCCAUGAUCCAGAAACAACAGGAGGAACUUCGCCGUAGGCAGGAAGAAGAAGCUCGUCUUCAGGCGGAGGAAGAAGCUCUGGCCGCCGAAGAAGCCAAGCGUCUCGAGGAGGAGCUAAAGCGCAAGGAGGAGCAGAAAGCCCUCAAGAAGCAGAGGGAGAAGGAGAAGAUCGAGCAGCAGAAGAGGGAGGGCACCUACAUGACAAAGGCGCAGAGGGAAGAGAAGGCAAGGAAUGAGCGGAAGCUCCAGCAGAUGCUUGCUGCCGGCAUCAAGAUCGGUCCGGCAAGUGAGGCUGGAGAAGCUGCCGCCGAGAAAAAGAAGCCGGCAGCGAAGAAGGCCGGGCGGAAGGCCGCCGAAAAGGUGGACGAGGAGACGGCGCUCGCCGAAGCUGCUGAGCGUGCCAGGCAAAAGGCCGAGCAGCUCGCCAAGGAGGCCGAAGAGAAGGCGGCCCGGGAAAGGGCCGAGGCUGAGGCUGCCAAGGCCGCACAAAAGGAAGAGAGCGAUGUUGAAGAUGACUGGGAAGCCGCCGCUGAGGAAUCCGAUGUCAAGGACAGCUGGGAUGCCGAGUCCGACCAAGAGGAGGAUACGAAGAAGACGAAGGAUGCGCCGGCAGGGGAGGAGACCGAAUCAGAAUCGGAAUCGGAGUCGUCAGAAGACGAAGAGGAAGCGGCCAAGAAGCGGACGAUGGCGGCGCAAGAAGCACAGCGUAAGAAAGAGGCUGCAGAGAGGCGAGAAAAGGCACACCAAGCUGCGAUGGCGGCUCGGUCCGAGGACGACCUCCGCUCGCCCAUUUGCUGUAUUCUGGGUCACGUCGAUACCGGAAAGACCAAGCUUCUGGACAAGAUCCGACAGACCAACGUCCAAGAAGGCGAGGCCGGCGGCAUCACCCAGCAGAUUGGCGCCACCUACUUCCCCGUGGAAGCCAUCAAGCAGAAGACGGCCGUCGUCAACCGGGACGGCAAGUUUGAGUUCAAGGUGCCCGGCUUGCUCGUCAUCGAUACGCCCGGUCACGAGUCCUUCUCCAACCUCCGGUCCCGUGGCUCGUCCCUUUGCAACAUUGCCAUUCUGGUGGUCGACAUCAUGCACGGCCUCGAGCAGCAGACGCUGGAAUCCAUGCGUCUACUGCGCGAUCGGCGAACUCCGUUUGUGGUGGCGCUCAACAAGAUCGAUCGUUUGUACGGGUGGAAGAAGGUCGACAACAACGGCUUCCAGGAGAGCUUGGCGCUGCAAUCGAAGGGCGUCCAGAACGAGUUCAGGAACCGCCUGGAACAGACCAAGGUCCUGUUCGCCGAGCAGGGCUUCAAUGCCGAGCUCUUCUACGAGAAUAAGUCGAUGGCGAAGAACGUGUCCCUGAUUCCCACGUCGGCCCACACGGGCGAGGGUGUGCCGGACCUGCUGAAGCUCAUCGUCCAGCUCACGCAGGAGCGCAUGGUCGGGUCCCUCAUGUACCUGUCCGAGGUGCAGGCGACCGUGCUCGAGGUCAAGGCGAUCGAGGGCUUCGGCAUGACCAUCGACGUGAUCCUGUCCAACGGUAUCCUGCGCGAAGGCGACAAGAUCGUCCUCUGCGGUGUGGAAGGGGCCAUCGUCACGAACAUCCGAGCCUUGUUGACGCCGGCGCCGAUGAAGGAGCUCCGCGUCAAGUCGGCCUACGUGCACAACAAGGAGGUCAAGGCGGCGCUGGGUGUCAAGAUCAGCGGGCCGGGCCUGGAAGGCGCCAUUGCCGGCUCUCGCCUGCUCGUCGUGGGCCCGGACGAUGACGAGGACGACCUCGCGGACGAGGUGGAGGGCGAUCUCGCGGUCCUGUUCAACCGGGUCGAGAAGACGGGCCGCGGCGUCAGCGUGCAGGCGUCGACGCUGGGCUCGCUCGAAGCGUUGCUCGAUUUCUUGAAGGACUGCAAGAUCCCCGUGGCCAACGUGGGGAUCGGCCCCGUCUUCAAGCGCGACGUGAUGCAGACCGGCACCAUGUUGGAGAAGGCCCGCGACUACGCCGUGAUGCUCUGCUUCGACGUCAAGGUGGACAAGGAGGCGCAGGCCUACGCCGACGAGAUUGGCGUCAAGGUCUUCACGGCCGACAUUAUCUACCAUCUCUUCGAUUCGUUCACCAAGCACAUGGACGCGCUGCUCGAGAAGAAGAAGGAGGAGUCCAAGAUGUUGGCGGUGUUCCCGUGUGUCCUCAAGACGGUGGCCGUCUUCAACAAGACCAACCCUAUCGUUAUCGGUGUCGAUGUUACGGAUGGCCAGCUCAAGAUCAAUACUCCUAUUGCAGCUGUCAAGACGAACCCGGUGACCAAUGUCAAGGAGGUUAUCAGCUUGGGACGAGUGACCUCGAUUGAACGCGAUCACAAGCAGAUCCCGGUGUGUAAGAAGGGACAGCCGUCAGUGGCCGUCAAGAUCGAAAUGGGCGGCAGUCAGCCCACGUACGGCCGCCAUCUCGAGGAAGAAGAUUCCCUGUACAGUCUCAUCUCCCGCCAGAGCAUCAACACCCUCAAAGAGUUUUACCGCAAGGACGUCACCAACGACGAGUGGCAGCUCAUCGUCAAACUCAAGCCGCUCUUCGACAUUCAGUGA